AUGGAAUCGGUCGAUUCUAGCGAACUGCGGGGACAUAUCCGCGUCGAGAUUCACCAGCUACGCCUUCAAGCUGAUGUGAUUGGGAUGAAAGAGAAGAAGACGGAGGAGGAAUUGCAGCUUGUGCAGGCGUUGCAAGAAGACUAUUAUUACCAGAAACUACUGCCACUGGUGAUUUGCGAUUCUGCACGAGAGGUUUAUCUGUGUCAAGGGAAGAAAGUACUUCAGAAUGGAGUCACGACAGAUGUGUUGGAGGUAAGGAAGGGAUUUGGGUGUUGUGUAGUGUUGCUCUGAAACCUUGCUGCAUGAAGCGAAAGCCAGCAAAUGUCUGGAUUUUGGGUCGGACUUUGCGAAACAGCUUGGCUUUAACUACUUUUGGUGAGUGGAGCGAGUUUUCUUCGUGUUUCUUUUUGUACGAGAAUUGUAAUUUGUUUAGUUUACGAUU